AUGCCCACCUGGUCUUCGUUCUACGCCUACUGUUCGCUUGUGGCCGGAACAAUCAACUGUCUCCACUGUCUUUCGACGGAUGAAAACAUGCAGAAAAUGUCCGAAUUAGCCGUUCAGAUGAACUUUUUGUUUCUGGAAAGACAAGCCAAACUAUAUGCAAAUUCGGCCCAAAUGUUGGCGGCUCUUAGGAAAUUUGAGAAAGAUGCAAAGACGUUACAGCGUUUGGUCGAUCCCGGUGAUCAAGAACAUAUUCUCGACGAAGACGAUGUAGGUCGUCUUUACAGGCUCCUUGAUUAUAGCGCACAAUCAACCAGAGCAGCGUCUGAAGAUAUGAGUCAGCCAGGGACGGAGCUCCCCCUUUUGAGCCCUUCCGGUCUUGAUGGCCCCGAUCUCUUCGACCUCAAUUUUAAUUCUUUCGACAAUUUUACUCCCGGAAUAUUCAUCGGAGAGAGCACACCGUGGAAUCUUGACUAG